CAGACUGAGGAGGGAGUGGAGGGUUUGCCCAUCGAUGUUGAAGGCAGCAACACCUGUUGGAGCUGCUACCACGAGCUGACGCUGCAAGAGAAGUCGAAAAAGAGGUGGGGGACUGACGGCUGAGUGGUGCUGCUGGACAAUGGUGUACACCUGCAGCUGCUUUCCCUGUAGGUUGGCAGGAUUGGCAGUGGUGAUGAAGACAUGUUGUCCAGCUACUUGUCUCUGUUGGGAGAUG